AAUUCGUUCCUGGCCGAAUGGUCUGGCAUCCCGGCUUAGGCUGGGCUCCCUUCCAUACGACAGGAUACGUGGUCGCGUGGCUAUUCUUAGUCAGGUCACGGCAGCAUGACUAAUGGAGGUUGCCAAGGGCCAUGCCUUUAUGCCAAGGAGUUUGCCGAGAAGUGGUGCUUUGACGUUGAUCGCCGCCCCCACGGAAUCACGCUGGCCUGUGGCUACCUGCUGCUCGUCCUGGUGCUGCAUCGUCUGAUGCAAGCCGCUUAUUUGCGCCCGCCCACACCCAGGGGAGACGUCCCCUCGCCCCCGUCCGCUGCCAUCCAUCGCCAGAUCCCAGGGGGAGAAAACCCGCAGCCGGUAAUAAGCCAAUCCCAUCUCUUGUCUUUCAACUUAUCGGCAGCGGGCCCCUUCCCGGACCGGGGUAACGUGACCCUGGGCCUUACGCUGCGUCUGCCUCGGGGAGACGACUUGGCGUGUCUAGCUAGCCUUACGGGGACGAGAGAGGAUCUGGUGCUGCAGGGCCCCUUGUCAUGCGAUGCCACGGUACGCCCUGCCGGCACCUGUGUCCCUGCGACGCAUUCUGUGUGGAUGGUUUGCGACCAGAGUGGGUAUGGUCGUUCACCAACCACUAAGCGCGGUGCAAUCUAGCUUGGAUUCUUCGCAGACGAAACCGCGGACUUUGGCCAAGUCCUUAGUGCAUUCUUCUUAUUGGAUAGCAUGCGCCAGUCAAGAGCUGCUUCGGGCCGCUGCGGCACUUCCUCGCGGCUGCGGGUCAUGCCCUGGCCUGGCACAGCUCCAAGGGCGAUGAGCUCACGUGGAGCAGGUCUCCAAAGGCGUGGCGGCGCAGGGCCAUGUCGCGAUAGGGAUGUGGCGGGCAG